CGCUCGCCCGGCCUCCCGCCCCGGGCCCCUCGCUGCAGCCACCAUGGGGCUUCUACCCGAGCCCGGCGCGCGCCAGGGCAGCGGCGCCUCUGCGGGCCGAGCCGGCCGCUGUCCCCGCUCUAUCUUCAGCAACGUUAAGGUGUUCGUGCUGUGCCAUGGCCUGCUGCAGCUCUGCCAGCUCCUGUAUAGCGCCUACUUCAAGAGCAGCCUCACCACCAUUGAGAAGCGCUUUGGCCUCUCCAGUUCUUCCUCAGGUCUCAUUUCCAGCUUGAAUGAGAUCAGCAACGCCAUCCUCAUCAUCUUUGUCAGCUACUUUGGCAGCCGGGUGCACCGUCCGCGGCUGAUCGGCAUGGGGGGUCUCCUCCUGGCUUCGGGGGCCUUUGUCCUCACCCUCCCACACUUCCUCUCAGAACCUUACCAAUACACCGUGACCAGCAUGGGGAACAGCAGCCGCCUCCAGACUGAGCUCUGUCAGAAACACUGGCAGGGCCUGCCCCCCAGCAGGUGCCACAGCAGCACCCAGGACUCCCGGAAGGAGACCAGCAGCAUGUGGGGUCUGAUGGUGGUGGCCCAGCUGCUGGCAGGCAUCGGCACGGUGCCCAUCCAGCCGUUCGGGAUCUCCUAUGUGGACGACUUCUCGGAGCCCAACAACUCGCCCCUGUACAUCUCCAUCUUAUUUGCCAUCUCUGUAUUCGGACCGGCUUUCGGGUACCUGCUGGGCUCGGUCAUGCUACAGAUCUUUGUGGACUACGGCAGAGUGGACACAGCUGCAGUUAACUUGAGCCCCGGAGACCCCCGAUGGAUAGGAGCCUGGUGGCUGGGUCUGCUCAUUUCCUCAGCCUGCCUGGUUGUUACCUCUUUCCCCUUUUUUUUCUUUCCUCGAGCAAUGCCCAGAGGAAUGGAGAGGACUCCUACCAUAGCGGAUGAGGCAAGGAAGAUGGAAGAGGCCAAGUCAAGAAGCUCCCUGGUGGAUUUCAUUAAACGGUUCCCCCGCAUCUUCCUGAGCCUCCUGAUGAGCCCACUCUUCAUGCUGGUGGUCCUGGCCCAGUGCACCUUCUCCUCCGUCAUUGCCGGCCUCUCCACCUUCCUCAACAAGUUCCUGGAGAAGCAGUACGGCGCCUCCGCGGCCUAUGCCAACUUCCUCAUCGGUGCUGUGAACCUCCCUGCUGCGGCCUUGGGGAUGCUGUUUGGAGGAAUCCUCAUGAAGCGUUUUGUUUUCUCUCUGCAAACCAUUCCCCGCGUGGCUGCCACCAUCAUCACCAUCUCCAUGAUCCUCUGUGCCCCUCUGUUCUUCAUGGGCUGCUCCACCCCAGUCGUGGCAGAGGUCAACCCCCGCAGCACAUCAAGUUCUAUACAUCCACAGCCUCCCGCCUGCCGCAGGGACUGCUCGUGCCCAGAUUCCAUCUUCCACCCGGUCUGUGGAGACGAUGGGGUUGAGUACCUCUCCCCUUGCCAUGCUGGCUGCAGUGAAAUCAACGUCAGCUCUAUAGUCUCCAAGCAACCGACCUACUCGAACUGCAGCUGCGUGAAAGGAGGAUCCGCUUCAGCAAAGACGGGCCCGUGCCCCAUCCCCUGCGCCCACUUCCUGCUCCCGGCCAUCUUCCUCAUCUCCUUUGUGGCGCUCAUAGCCUGCAUCUCCCACAACCCUCUCUACAUGAUGGUGCUGCGCGUGGUGAACCAGGAGGAAAAGUCAUUUGCCAUCGGAGUACAGUUCUUGCUGAUGCGUCUGCUGGCCUGGCUGCCGUCUCCAGCCCUCUACGGCCUCACCAUCGACUACUCCUGCAUCCGCUGGGGCGCGCAGUGCUCUGGAAGGCGAGGGGCCUGCAUCUACUACGACAACGACUCUCUCCGAGACAGGUACCUGGGCCUGCAGGUGGGCUACAAGGCUCUGGGCACGCUGCUGCUCCUCUACAUCAGCUGGCGGGUGAAGAAAAACAAGGAGUACAACGUGCAGGAGAAGGCCGCCAGCCUCAUCUGACAGGCGACCUCGGCCGCCGCUCUGCUCUCGAGAGCGGACCCUGCCCCGCACCUGCCCACAUUUACUAACGUUAACACGGCAUCUCCUUUUCAUUUCUUAAAUAAGAGAGAAAACCCCA